AACAGUCAAUUACCGCUUACCAGAUAACGUAGUUCCAGUGCACUACAAUAUCGAACUGAUACCACACAUGGAAGAAGAUAAUUUUACCUUUGACGGUAAAUCCCAUGUAAUCAUCGAGAUCCGUCGUGCAACACGAAACAUAAGUUUGCACGCGCUGGAUUUGACGAUAAAUGAAACAGCGACGUCAUUGAUUAGCAGCGAAGUUCACGUACCGACAAUGCAUAAUUAUGACAAUGAAACAGAAAUCUUAACUCUUCACUUCGAUGAUGAGCUACCCUCGGGAAUUUACAGUCUAAAUAUACAAUUUGUCGGUAUUUUAAACGAUGAUUUACAUGGAUUUUUCAGAACAUCGUACAUCGAUGAGAAAAGGGGAAAAAUGUGGUUGGCUGCAACGCAUUUUGAGGCGUGCGAAGCGCGACGAGCAUUUCCAUGUUGGGACGAACCGGCAUUAAAAGCCACUUUCAAUAUUUCCAUAAAACAUCAUCAAAACUACAAAGCUAUGUCAAAUAUGCCGAUAUGGUAUCAAUCAAAUGACGAAGAUAACAUGAUGUGGACACACUUUCUCACGACUCCUGUUAUGUCCACGUAUCUCGUAGCGUUUGUAAUCGCCGAUUAUGUUCGUGUUCCUAAUGCAGAUGGAACGGUCAAUAUGUGGUGCAGGUCGACAUUGGCUCCGCACUCAAAAUUUGCACAAGAAGUUGCUCAAAAGGCUAGGGAUAUAUUAACAGAAUAUACUAACAGCACCGACAAAGUUCCGAAAAUGGAUCAUGUAGCAGUUCCGCAAUUAUCAUCUGCAGGUGCCAUGGAAAAUUGGGGACUUAUAAUUUACACGGAAACAUCUUUUACAUACAAUGAUAAAAAAGAUAGUUUGUAUCGUAAACGACGAAUAGCGAUGACAGCAGCUCACGAAAUGGCGCAUCAAUGGUUUGGUAAUACAGUUAGCCCGUUAUGGUGGUCUCAUGUGUGGCUAAACGAGGGAUUCGCGUCAUUCUUCGCAGAGUAUAUUCUUAAUGAGAUUUUUCAAGAAGAACGAAUAAUGGAUUCCUUUGUUAUCAAUAUUCAGCAAUUAGCCCUUGAAAGAGAUAUUGCUAAAAAUAUGAAACCUAUUACAUUUGAAGUCAAUACCCGCAAAGAAAUUAAUACACUUUUUACUUAUGCCGCUUACGGCAAGGCACCCGCUAUACUGCGCAUGCUACAACAUACUAUUACCGCUGAAGUAUUUCGAAAAGGUAUCAUUAAAUAUUUACAUAAACAUGAAUUCAGUUCAGUUACUUCUGAUGACUUAUGGAACGCUUUGCAAACAGCUCUCGACGAAUCAGAUAUUCCACAUAAUACCUAUAGAUUGAAAGAGGUAAUGGAUACCUGGUUGAAACAAAGGCAUUAUCCUUUGGUGCGUGUGACACGAAACUACAACACCAAUGAAACAAUAAUAACACAAGAACAUUACUAUCCAAAAAGAGAAAAUCAUAGCGUCGAUAGUGAUAAAUGGUGGAUUCCUGUAACUUUUACUACAGAAUCAAAUCCCGAUUUCUCUAAUACUUUGCCCACUCAUUGGCUAAAACCACAAGAUGAAAAUAUAAACAUUGAGGGAGUCGAUUCGAAUGACUGGAUCAUAGUUAACAUACAACAAAUGGGAUACUAUCGCGUUAAUUAUGAUGAUUCGAAUUGGCGCAAACUUGCAAACUAUCUCAAUUCUGACAAUUAUACAAAAAUACAUGUGCUUAAUCGAGUUCAAAUCAUUGAUGAUGCUUAUCACCUUAUGAAAGCAGAGCAACUCGAUAUCGAGAUAUUUCUAGAACUCGCAAGUUAUCUGCCUCAAGAUACAGAUCCUUUAGCAUUACAUUUAAUGUUUAAUUUAUUAAGGGAAAUGGAGGAACUGUUCAAAAUCCCAGAAAUGAAUAAUUUUAAGCAAUACAUAUUACAUAUUUUGGAUGAACAUAUUAAAAGUGUGGGAUAUGAAGAAGAUCCUGCUGAAAAUGAUCUUACAAAGCUUAAAAGAUAUUAUACUUUAAAGUGGGCGUGUAGUUUAGGUCACUCUGAGUGCAAGAGGAUGGCUAAUAUUAAAUUAAAUGAAAUUCUCGAAAACCCUGAAAAAGUAGGACAGUUACAUAUAAGAAUGUCUUGGGAGUUAAGAGAAUGGACGUACAGUUACGGUAUAAUAGAAGCCAACGCCUUUACUUGGAAUAAAUUAUUGGAUACAUAUCUCAUCAAUCAAGACACAGAAAUAUUAGACUACUUGACUUCAUCUGAAAAUUUUAAUAUCCUGAUUAGUUUAAUAAAUAUGAAUGCUUUAAAUAAUUCAAUAUUACAAAACAAUUACCAUUACAUAAUUUCAAACAUUAUUAGCAAACAUUUAGACAAAGACGUAGUAUUUGACUACAUUUUAGCAAAUUUAGAAAAAAUAAGUGAAGACAUUAAACAGAUUUCUUCAGAAGAAAAGGGAAUGUUAAAUUAUAAUAUUAUUGCUAACACAUAUUCCCAGGAACAACUAAACAAGAUAACCGAUUUUAUAAAAAGUAAAUUUAAAAAAGAAUCAUUAAAACAUUUGCAAGAAGCGAUAGAAGAUCAAAAAUCCAGGCUGACAAAAUUAACUGGCAUAGCUAAAAAAAUAUUUGUAAUAAAAGGAGGCAAACUGUAAA